GCCAGUGAUCCACGUCAAGGAGGAGCCGUUGAACAUGGACGACGAUGACUGUCCGAUGUCGCUGGUGACGACAGCCAACCACAGCCCAGAGCUGGACGACGACCGGGAGCUGGAGGAGGGCAACCUAUCAGAUGACCUGGAGUGACUACUGGAGUCCCUCCCACUACUACAGGCCCCUCCCUCCACCUCCGUCACACUGUCCUCCUACCUGUUUCCUCACAGGCUGUCCUCCUAGAACCCGCUAGAACCAGAACCAGAACCACUCCACACCCAGAACCAAACAGAACCAACAGAACAGACCACAGCUGACUCUCCUCCCUCCCGACCCACGGACUGGAGUAUUUAUUGAGCAUGCAUCCGAAAGACGAGGCCCAAAGGAACUCUUUGUUGCAGCCCUUUGGGAUCCCUGACUGAACAUGACAGGCAUGAGAUGUCUGGUUUUUAAAACGACUUUCAGACCUGUUUCAUUAAGAUGGCUUGGCCACUACAUACACACAGACAAACACAGAGGCUCAUGAAUGGAAAACGAUAAAAACACGAGUCUGGAAACCCGUUCUGUAGAAAGCUAACGGCCUCAUAUACUGCCAAAAAAUAUGUUUAAGUUUGUGAAUAUCAAAAACCCUCACAGUAGUUGUUGAUGUUAGAAACGAUUGCUGGUUCAAUUCAAACGUUGUUGCUCUGUCCAUCAUUUGCACAGGAGUAGUAUCAGAAAUUAGUGUCACUGCCUGUAUGUUGCUAAAAUUCUACAAAAAAAAAAAAAAAAAAAAAAAAUUUUUUUUCUUUUCGCCUUAUACUUUUUGUAUUAUGAUUUCUGGCACCACCAACUGUAAAUGCCAUUUCCUAUUUCACACCAGUAACAGAAGCACGGUAUCAAGACUGUUGCAGCUGUCAAAAAAGUAGGCUUCCAGUCUGUAUCUGUUUGUGAUGAAAGUAAUUAACGUGAUAUUAAGUUUGAAAAACUUAACUGUUUGUGUAAGCACCAACCAAUACGGAAAAAAAUGCAUUUCUGCAUAUUCUUCUGCUGUUCUCUUUUACCUCCUUGUUCUAAAGCUUUGUCUACCUGCAAACAGUCACAGGCAACAGCUAGAAACCAAAGCCAACACUAUCAAUGGCCAAUAGCUUAGACAGAAGCCACCAGACUCUUUGGUCAGCCUUCUGUGACUUUAACUAGUACAAAGAGAAGCUUUCCGCAAACUACCUUCUAAAUAACCUCUGGGAUCGUUUCAUUUAGCCCUGUACAAAGAUGAUUCAAGAAAAAAAUUAAAGAUUUUGAUGUGUAAUUUGAUAACUCGUAGAGUGUCCACUUGGAGUUUAGGGCGAGAGAGGAGUAUCUACCAGGACUAGAGGAGAGGAGAGGAGAGGAGAAGAGAGGAGAUGUGAUGAUAUGUAACUACAGCCUGUGAUAGGGACUGGUAGAAAGCAGCUAUACUGUAAAAGUGGAUCAUGACCAAAACAAACAUUUGUGUAUUCAAUGGAAGUGCAGAACAUUGUGUUGUUGUGAAGAUUGUAUUUGAUUUUCGAUUUCUUUUUUUUUCUUUUUUCUUUUCGUUACCCAUCACGCCAUUGUUUUUUCUAAUCUAGUGAAUAUGUAAUGUUUAGUGGGACUGUCAAAUAUGUCAUGUCUUAUUUCCGUUUAGAGCCGCGUUUAAAACCGAAACUGAAAACAUAGUAACCAAACAUUUAAAAUAUCUAGUAAAGCCAAAUAAGUCAUAAUUUCAAGUUGAUAUGAAAUGAUGUGGCUUGGUUAUCACGUAAAAGCAAAUAAUAUAGCCAUUGUAGAAGAGGGGUAUCAAAGGUGAAAAUAAACCUUUUCUAGGUGAUAUUUGCUUUAUUCUAUAGUUUAAAUACUUCAUUGUCUAAUUUCAUAGCUUCUUAACUAUAUAGAUACAGUCAGUGGUAGCAUAGGAUAAGCUAUCUUUAACUGCACUGCAUUCUGUAUAGGGUAAGCAACUUUUAUAUCACAUUUGGGAUUCUUGUGGCAGGAACAGAAGUUAGUGAUUGUCUAAAAAUAUAUUUCAUUUCUCUCAGCUAAAUGUCAUCUAGAAAAGUGGAUGUUGUUGCUUUAAUGGUCAUUUCCGUUUUCAGUCAAACCAAAGUUACACAAAAUUCUGCCUCUGGUUAUGGGAUAGACACUCUAGAAAUUACAUACACACACACCGGUUACAAAGGCUCACACACACACACACAGUCCUGUGUUUUUGGUCUGCCAGCUUUCCUGAUCCUUGUUAUGGUAACCUUCAGAUGCAGAAAGACAAAUACUGUCAAAUAACUGACUGAGUUGUAUUGUAUUUUAACUAUCAGUGUGUGUCUGCUUUGUGUGUAUGUAUGGAAACAUACUGUGCAUAUGUUGUUUUCAAGUGUUGUGCCAAGCCAAAAAAGUUGGCUGCUACAGCUUAGCACACUACAUACAUAACCAAACACACAUGCAUAACCAAACACACGUUACACACACACUCAUGCCAGUUCCACUUCAAGAGGGUGCUGGGCCCAGGAACAAAGCUUAUCCCUUAUGUACUUUGAUGGAGUCAGCAAAAUGACUUGAGGACGACGUUCAUAAUAAUCUUAUCACACCAAAUAUAAGGACACAGCGUCUUUCAAAAAAGGGUUCUCCCACUUACCCCCAAAAAUGAAGGCUUUCUAAAAGGUUCUACCUCUGCACAACCAAUUCAGAACAAUUAAAUGGCAGAUUGCACGUCAAGUUAUUAGAAUGCCACAAGAGCUGUUACACUUUACUCAAUGGACAUGGCUCAACGGACAGUUUACAUUCCCAACGUCAGAUAUGGAAGAAGAUUAGUAUUGUAAUAGGUUGUCCUCAAACAUUUGUAGAAUGAUCAUGUAAAAAUACCUUUAAGGGAAUAUUGUGUUUUAAAAUGCAUGUCUAAAAUCAUUUGGUGGACUGGAAAACAAUCAUUAAUAAAUAAAAAUAAUAUAACAAAUACAAAUUAUCAGGAUGAUGACCUAAAUGUAAGUACAAUGCAUAAGAAUGCAUACAUCAGCUAUACUGUUUGGGAAGGAAAAAACUGUCAGCCACAGAAUGCAUAUUACCUGUAGAUUUUGCAUGGGUUUUGUAAAAAUAAAAAUGUCUAAAAUAGUUGCUUGCACAUAAUACCAGAAAGAUCUCCAGAACUACAAUCUGCUCCUCCACUAGAGUUUAGGAUUGUCUGGAUUUUCUGGGAUGAUUUUGUCUGUAUUUUGAUAACUGUGCAUACUAUGUAAAAAUGUUGGUGGACCCAUAAAAUUUACCAGACUUUUUUCUAAGAGAAAAAAAAAAUCAGUGUUUCUUUUCUGAAUUUCAUGAUUUUUUACUGUUCUCUCAUUGCUCGCUAAGAAUAGCAAACCUGUUUUUUCUGCAUCUGCUUUGCGUAGCUGUAAGGCUUAACCUAAUGUGUGUAUUUAUUGCUUGUACCUCUGUGCAUACUUUAUGAAGCAUUAUGUCUGGCAGUUGAGUCAUGUCUACUUUCUACUACUAUCAUUCUCUAAUAAUUGGGAAUAUGAUCCCCCUAUGUAUACAGUAAAUUGGGACUGUAGCAAACACAUAUGUUUAUGUAAUUGGUGAAUACAUUUUAUGUUUUUGUUUUAUUCCUUUAUGAUCGAGGUUAACUCAUUUUUGAUACUUUCAUUACCGUGUACUGUGUCCGUGCGUUAAGAUUCUCUGACAUUAGAAAGUCAUGGUUGAGAAUUGUAACAAACUUUAUUAUUUUCUGUAUUCAUGGCUUUUCACUGCUGACUAAAAUAAAGGACCAAAACUAGGAUUUGAAAAGCAA